AUGUCGGGAGCUAUCUUCGCGCCCCUAGAGGGCCCGGGCACCCCGGAUGCCGCGAGCGGCCACCCGCUCGUGUGCCCGCUGUGCCACGCGCAGUACGAGCGCCCGUGCCUGCUGGACUGCUUCCACGACUUCUGUGCCGGCUGCCUGCGCGGCCGGGCCACCGACGGCCGCCUCGCCUGCCCGCUGUGCCAACACCAGACUGUGGUGAUGGGUCCCAGCGGGCUCCCGCCGGUGGACAGGCUGCUGCAGUUCCUGGUGGACAGCUCCGGGGAAGGCAUGGAAGUUGUGCGCUGUGCCAACUGCGACCUGGAGUGCAGCAAACAGGACGCGGAGACCACGUACUUCUGCAACACGUGCGGCCAGCCCCUGUGCGCGCGCUGCCGCGACGAGACGCACCGGGCACGCAUGUUCGCGCGCCACGACAUCGUGGCCCUGGGCCAGCGGAGCCGCGACGUGCUGCAGAAGUGCCCGCUGCACGCCGAGCCCUACAUCAUGUUCUCCACCGACAAGAAGUCGCUGCUGUGCAUCCGCUGCUUCCGGGACAUGCAGGGGGAGGGCCGGGCGCGCUGCGUGGACCUGGAGUCGGCCUACGUGCAGGGCUGCGAGCGGCUGGAGCAGGCGGUGCAGGCCGUGAAGGCCCUGCAGACGGCCACGCGGGAGGCCAUCGCGCUGCUGCAGGCCAUGGUGGAGGAGGUGCGGCGCAGCGCCGACGAGGAGGAGGCCGCCAUCCACGCCCUGUUCGGCAGCAUGCAGGACAAACUGGCAGAGAGGAAAGCACUGCUGCUGCAGACUGUGCAGAGCCAAUACGAAGAGAAAGACAAGGCCUUCAAGGAGCAGCUCUCCCACCUGGCUGCCUUGCUGCCCACCCUGCAGGUCCACCUGGUCAUCUGCUCUUCCUUCCUCAGCUUGGCCAACAAGGCUGAGUUCCUGGACCUGGGCUACGAACUGCUGGAGAGGCUGCAGGGCAUCGUCACGCGGCCUCACCGCCUAAGGCCAGCACAGAGCAGCAAGGUUGCCAGUGACCACCGCACAGAGUUUGCACGCUGCCUGGAACCCCUGCUGCUGUGGGGGCCAUGCAGGGCGGCUGCUGCCACAGGUGGCUCCAACACGCUGGCAGGGGGCUCAGGCCCCAAGGUGCUGAUGGGGCCCAGCUGCUCCUCCCCAGAGGGAAAGAUGUCAGGGUCACCAGUCCAAAAGCCCACACUGCACCGGUCCAUCAGCACCAAGGUGCUGCUGGCCGAGGGUGAGGACACACCCUUCACGGAGCACUGCCGCCGCUAUGAAGACUCCUACCAGGGCCUACAGGUGGAGAUGCAGAACCUGAAGGACCAAGUACAGGAUUUGCACCGGGACCUCACCAAGCACCACUCACUCAUCAAGGCUGAGAUCAUGGGAGACAUCCUGCACAAGUCCCUGCAGCUGGACACACAGAUCGCCACGGAGUAUGCCUCCUUGGAGGGCCUGAGAGCGGUCUUCCAGGAGAUUUGGGAGGAAUCCUAUCAGCGAGUGGCUAACGAGCAGGAGAUUUAUGAAGCUCAGCUCCAUGACCUUCUCCAGCUGAAGCAGGAGAAUGCCUACCUGACCACCAUUACCAGGCAGAUCAUGCCCUACGUCCGCUCCAUUGCCAAGGUGAAGGAGAGGCUGGAGCCCAGGUUCCAGGCACCCGUGGAUGAUCAGCCGGAGAAUCCACAGCACACGUAUGACGACAGCAGCAAUGGUGAGACCCCGGCCAGGUAGAGCAAGACUUCCCAGCCUGAGGGGGCACGUGAUCUGAUGUCUGGGACAGAUACAAGGACAAAGAACAUCACGGGCUUCUUUUCCCAUUGGUCCCAGCUCGCCGCUGACCAGCUCUGUGGCCUCUGCCAGGCCUCCCUUUGUAAAGUGAGAGGGCAGAAAGCCUCUUAACC